CAGAGCUUCAGAAGGUAGAGAAAUACGCAGAGCUGCAGAGACGGAGAGUGGAAGACGAGUUUAUAAAGAAGAAGUCAUCUUCAGUGGAUGUGACUCUGGAUCCUGAUACAGCUCAUCCUGAACUCAGAGUUUCUGCUGAUGGAAAACAAGUGACGCAUGAAGACACAGAACAGGAGAAUCUCACUGAUACACCAGAGAGGUUUAAUAUGUCUCACUGUGUUGUGGCAAAGCAGAGUUUCUCCUCAGGGAGAUUUUAUUAUGAGGUUCAGGUCAGAGGGAACACCCAGUGGUCAUUAGGAGUGAUGAGAGAGAGCGUUAACAGGAAGCGGGGGAUUCCAUGGUCACCUCAGUGUGGAUUCUGGACUGUGGAACUGUGGGGGAAUCAGUACUGGGCACAUGCUGAUCCCUCUGUCCUCCUCACACUGAGAGAGAAGGUGGAGAAGGUGGGGGUGUUUGUGGAUUAUGAGGAGGGUCUGGUCUCCUUUUAUGAUGUGGAGUCCAGAUCUCAUAUCUACUCUUUCACUGGUCAGUCUUUCACUGAGAAACUCUAUCCAUGCUUCUGGACUUGGAGCAAUAAUCCACUGAUCAUCACUGAUGUUACUGAAUAACAUCUGAAUUAUAGUUUAUAACAUUUUAUACUGUA